AUGAUCGUCACCUUCAUAGCCCUGCUGUGUCCGGAGACCCUCCUUAAGCCUAUCCUCAGAGUACAUCCAGACUCUGUGGUCUCCAUGCACACAAAGGUGACCUUCUUGUGUGAAGGGAUAACAGGAGCCAAGUAUUGUCUCUAUAAUGAGGGCAACCUAGAUCUAUCGUGCACGGGACUUUCAUCUGAGCCUGGGAACAAGGUUGAAUUCUCCAUCUCAAAAGUUGACCAGCAACAUGCAGGACAAUACCACUGUUACUAUUACAGGCAUGGUAGAUGGUCAGAGAACAGUGACUCCCUGGAGCUGGUGGUGACAGGAGCAGACAAUAAACCCACCCUGGCAGCCCAGUCCAGCCCUGUGGUGGCACCAGGAUUUAAUGUCAUGCUCCAAUGUGUCUCAGGACAGGAAAAUGACAUGUUCAUUCAGGAAGGACCACAGAAGCUCUUCUGGAAGCAGAAAUCACAGUAUAACAACAUCACUGGGAAAGGUCAUGCCCUGUUCUCUGUGGGUCCAGUGACCUCCAGCCAGAGGUAGACAUUCAGAUGCUACAGCUAUUAUGGAAAUAGACCACAGGUGUGGUCAGAUGCUAGCGACUCCCUAGAGCUCCUGUUGUCAGGGAAGCUCCGCAAACCCAUCAUCAAGGCUGAGCCAAGCUCCGUGAUCCCUUCCACAAGUCCCAUGACAACCUGGUGUCAUGGUACCCUGGAUGCAGAAAUAUAUUUACUGCCUCAAGAGGGAAGCAAGAAACCCCAAGGAGCACAGGCCCCAGAGAGGCCCGGGGACAAGGCUAAGUUCUCGAUCUCUUAUGUGACACAACAGCAUGCAGGGAAAUAUUGUUGUUACUGUUACACCUCAACUGGCUGGUCAGAGCCCAGUGACAUCCUGGAACUAGUGGUGACAGGAAUCUACAAUAAACCCAUCAUGUCAUCCCUGGCUAGCCCUGUGGUAACUUCAGGAGCAAACACAACCAUCAAGUGUGUCUCACAGAAUCUGCAUCGGUACGAUAAGUAUAUUCUCACCAAGGGAGAUCAGAACUUCCUCACCUCCCUGGACACACGGUAUAUACAUUCUUGUAGACAGUACAAAGCACUGUUCAUUAUUGGACGCAUGACUCCAAGCCACACAGGGAUUUUCAGAUGCUAUGGUUAUUACAAACAUUCCCCACAGUUGUGGUCUGUACCCAGUGAGCCUCUGGAAGUAUUCCUUUCAGGACAGCUCCGUAUCACUCCUUCCCUCUCAGUGAAGCCUAACUCCACAGUACACUUAGGAGAGAGUGUGACCUUGCUGUGUUGGUCAUGGAAGCCAGUGGACAAUUUCAUUCUCUCCAAAGAGGGAUCAGUACAACAACUCCUGCAUCAAAAAUCAAAGUUCAGUAAUGGUCAGUUUCAGGCAGAAUUCUCCAUGACUGCUGUGACCUCCAACCUGACAGGCACAUACAGAUGCUAUGGCUCUCAAGAGUCAUCUCUCUACUCGUUGUCUCAUGCCAGUGUCCCUGUGGAACUCACAGUCUCAGGUUUUGGCAAGUUCUAA